ACAACAAUAAACAACAAUAAAAACCAACCCCUAAAACAAUAUGAAAUGAAAAAGAAACUCUUCCCUGCCCUUCAGAAAAAAAACAAAACCCAAAAUCCAAAAAGCUCUGCCGCCGCCAUGUCCUCAGUCCGCGGGGCAAGCACAAGCCACCUCGACAGUGCGUUAACAUGCACCGUUUGUUUCGACUCUUUUGGCGAGGGCGAGAGAAAGCCCUUGAUGCUGCCGAGUUGUGGACACACUUUCUGCAAGCAAUGUGUGCACGGAAUUAUUGCGAGCGAGAAUAAGGGCCAGUUCCAUUGUCCCACCUGCCGUCGAUGUCAACCUGUGCUUUCCCUCGAGGACUUACCUGUUAAUUACGCUCUCCUGGAGGUGGCCAGCCUGGCACCCUCAGCGGCCCCGGAACAAGGCCCUAAAGAGGCGGUUCUUAAGGAAGAGGAGAGGUGCCCCGACCACGGCUCCCGCUUGGCCUUCUGGUGCUCCAGCUGCGAGAGUGCCACGUGCGGGGAGUGCCUCUUCGAGAGCCACCCGCGCCCCGAGCAUGAUGUCCUUAAGUUGGAGGAUCACUUCAAGAAGAUACAGGAGGCGGCGCAGCACCGCGCGACCCGCCUCGUGCGCCAGAUGACCCUCGUGUCGGAGGAGAACGUGUCGAUGCUGAAGGUCGCCCUCGUCGACUUCGCGGAGCUCCUGCGGCAGAGGCGGGAGAUCGACGGCAUCCAGGACGAGGCGCGGGCGGUGCGGGAGGCGGCCAGGGGCGUCGGGGGGCUGCUCGACCUCUCCGCCGUCAGCAGGGCGAUCCUCAGCCUGCAGGAGAAAUUCGAGGGGGCCGGGAUCGAGACGCCCACCAGGCUCAACGUCACGGGCGCGGGGAGUUCGAGGACGCCCGCGGGGGAGGGGAUCACGCCCGUCGGUGGGAGGCAAGCAGGGACGCCUUUCACGCCCGCAGAGACAACUUCAAGACACCUUCACACGCCGCAGGUGAAGCUCACACCCACGCCCGCGGAGGUUACACGUGAAGCUCACACUACGCCCGAAGAGAUAACUACGCCCACGCCCGUAGAUGAAACUUACGCCACGCCCGCGGAGGAGACACCACCCGAGGAGGCUCUCAACACGCCCGUAGACGAAACCUUCUCUACGCCCAUGGAAGAAUUACCCACCACGCCCGCGGUGACCACGCCCAUCAC